UUUUUUGCUCCCCUUAAGUUAACAAACCAAAGAUGGGAGUUCAAGGACUUUGGAAACUGCUGGAGUGCUCGGGACGGCCGAUAAACCCAGAAACGCUGGAAGGAAAAAUUCUUGCCGUCGAUAUAAGCAUUUGGUUAAACCAAGCUGUUAAAGGGGUAAGGGACCGCCAUGGAAAUUCUAUCCACAACGCCCACCUCCUGACACUGUUUCAUCGACUUUGCAAAUUGCUGUUUUUCCGAAUCCGGCCUGUCUUUGUUUUUGAUGGAGAAGCUCCACUCUUGAAGAGGCAGACUUUGGCUAAACGCAGACAACGGAAAGAAGGAGCAGCCACUGACUCCAAGAAAACUACGGAGAAACUUUUGAAAACUUUCCUAAAAAGACAAGCUAUUAAAACCGCUUUAGCAGGCAAGAGCAAUGAUCAGUUCCCCAGUCUUUCAGACGUGAGAAGAGAAGAAGUUGAUGACAUCUAUGUGUUACCUUCUUUAAAAGAAGAAGAAAAAAAUAGCUCUGAAGAUGAAGAUGAAAAAGAAUGGGAAGAAAGGAUGACACAGAAAAAGAUACUGCUGGAAGAAUUAUGUGAAAACACUUGUUCUGUUGAUGUUGAGUCAGAAGAUUUCCAGACCCUGCCCCCUGAAGUAAAGCAUGAGAUCCUUACUGACAUGAAAGCUUUCACAAAAAGAAGACGGACGCUACAUGAAGCAAUGCCGGAGGGGUCGAGUGACUUCUCCCAGUAUCAGCUGAAAGGGCUGCUUAAAAAAAGCAGCCUGAAUCGACAACUAGAACAUGUGGAAAAGGAGAUGAACCAACAGUACUCCGGCCAAAUCCAGAGCCAAUAUGAGAAUGACGGGGGUUUCUUGAAAGAAGUCGAAAGCAGGAGGGUCGUGUCUGAAGACACCUCUCACUACAUCCUGAUAAAAGGUAUCCAGUCCAAAGGAGCUACCCCCAGAGAUCCGGCAACUGCUUCUGCUCACCAUUCUUCCGCAAGGCCUCAAGAUUCACAGCAAAGUACGAAGACCAGCAAGACUUCGGUCAACGUAACACCACCUCCACGUGAAUUCUCAAAGGCUGAAUCGACUAGCAGUACCUCCCCUGCUCCCCCUUCUCCCAGAACCAUGCUGGCAAUCCAGGCUGCCAUGCUGGGAAGCAGUUCGGAAGAGGAGCUGGAAGAUGAAGAGAAGCAUCAGCUUGAGUCGGAUGAAAUCAGGACUGGCCCUGUUGCAGAUGCUGGCAAUGUGUCGCCAAGAACACUGAGGGCUAUUGAGGAAGCUUUGUGCGACGAAGGGGAGGUUCAAUCUCCUUGGUCCGGGAAUACCGCUGGAAGUCAAGCAGGGCGGGUUCUCGCGAGCAAGCUUCUUACCAGUAGCUCAGAUGAGGAGGACCACAAACCUGAAGAACCGAGUGGAAAAGAACUUCUAGUUCCACCUGCUGGGGAAUCAGAAAAUGAAAUCCUUAACCCGGAGAGUGAACUGGACAAAGAGAAGUACGCGUUGGAAAUAGACGUGAGUGUACCUGAAGAGACAUACGCCCCUUCUGUGGACCCUGCACGCUCUUCUGAUUCAGGUGAAAAAGAAAGAGGUGAGGAAAAACAGGCUUCCGAAGUGGAUUCAAGUUCUCCGCAAGAUGGUGAUGUGGUGCUGCAGCCGUUGAGGUCGUCAACACCGCCAGUUGCCAUAAGCCCUUCAGACUGCACGGAGUUGGCCCAAAACGGAGAAAUUGGACAUUCAGGAGCAUCAGUGCCCCAACCAGCCAAGGGUGCUUUUGACAGGCAAAGGGUGCUUUCAUUGACGCCAGAAACAGCCAGUGUUGCUGAGGAAAGAAUGGAAAACCAGUCACAGUCAGAAGAGAGCGAUUCUGACGAUAGCUUCAUUGAAGUGGAUGCCGAGCUAAGCAGUGAGUUUCAGGAUGAAGCUGAGCAGGAGAAAGAAGCAGGGCCUGCCACUUCAGCGGUUGAAAAGGGAGACCAUGAGGGUGCCACGGAGAGACUUCCGGAAAAAGCUGGCGAAGAUGCAGAGCUGUCUGUACAGCAGAAUGUGGCAACUGGAAGCGAGGAGGAGGAUGCAGUUAACGAAUGGCAGGAUAUCAGUAUGGAAGAAUUAGAAGUUUUGGAGACCAACCUUUCGGUUGAGCAAAACACACUCCGGACUCAGAAACAGCAGCAGGAGCGUAUUGCGGCUACUGUGACUGGACAGAUGUUCUUAGAAAGCCAGGAACUUCUGCGUCUUUUUGGCAUUCCAUACAUUGAGGCCCCGAUGGAGGCAGAGGCUCAGUGUGCCGUUCUGGACCUCACCGAUCAGACCUCUGGGACCAUCACAGAUGACAGCGACAUUUGGUUGUUUGGCGCCCGGCAUGUUUACAAAAACUUCUUCAGUCAAAAAAAGUAUGUGGAGUAUUUUCAGUACGUGGACUUCCAGAAUCAACUAGGCUUAGAUCGAAACAAGUUAAUUAAUUUGGCAUAUCUGCUCGGCAGUGACUACACGGAAGGCGUUCCUAAUGUUGGUUACGUAACAGCGAUGGAGAUUUUGAAUGAAUUUCCUGGGCGAGGAAUGGAGCCCCUUUUCCAGCUUGCGGAGUGGUGGGCUGAAGCUCAGAAGAGUAAGAAGACGUGUCCCAACCCACACGAUACGAAAGUGAAGAAAAAAGUACGGCAGUUGCAGCUUACACCUGGCUUCCCAAAUCCUGCAGUAUCAGAAGCUUAUCUACACCCAGUUGUAGAUGAGUCAAAGGGAUCCUUUGUUUGGGGAAGACCGGACUUGGAGCAGAUCAGAGAAUAUUGCCAGAGUCAUUUUGGCUGGAACAAGUUGAAAACGGAUGAAGUCCUACUGCCUGUCCUCAAACAGCUGAACGCUCAGCAGACGCAGCUCCGCAUCGAUUCCUUCUUCAGACUAGCCCAACAAGAGAAGCAGGCCAUCAAGAGUCAAAGGCUUCGCAGGGCUGUGACUUGCAUGAGGAGAAAAGAGAAGGAGGAAGAAGAAACCGAAGUCUCGCAGGCUACAACCACCUCUAAAGAAAGGCAAGGGAAGGAGCAAGGAGUGACCGGAGCCCCGAACCAGAGGGGCAAGAGGAAAAAGCACCCACCCGCCAAGCAGGAGAGCUUUUUAGGGGGAGGUUUCAUAGGGGAAGUGGAGCUGUCAGAGCCGUCCAGCGGGUCUUCAGGUGAAGAGUCGGAGAACGAAGCCUUGAGUCGGUGUCCCAGGAGGAAGAAUGCCAAGGUGCUCAAAAUCACCUCUGCAUGUCACGAUGCCGCUGUGGGGCAUGGAGUGCCACAAGUUGAAGCGGGGAAUAGUAGCUCCAGCACAGAGGAGGAAGUGAUGAUGGUGACUGCCAGGCCUGUUUUCAAGGGCAAAAAGGCAAAGGGCCAGUCUUCAAGAGGACGAAGAAAGAAAUAACG